AGAAAUCAACAUUCUUGGGACUUUUUUAUUGUUUAGUUUUUUUAGAGUAACAUCUCCCCCUUUUCCAUCACCAUGGCUGAGAAGAUUGGACAAGGGUUGAAGUCCUCGAGCAUCAGGUCCAACUCUUCUCUUCCCCCCGAGCCCAUCGAUAUCGUCCGUAUCAAAGCAAGGUCUCGCAGAGUUCGCCUCAACGUCGGGGGGCUGAAUCACGAGGUCUUAUGGCGAACUCUGGACCGAUUACCCAGGACUCGCCUCGGGAAACUUCGAGACUGCAACACCCACGACUCCCUGAUGGAGGUGUGCGACGACUACAGCCUCAACGAGAAUGAGUACUUCUUCGACCGCCACCCGGGAGCUUUCACCUCCAUCCUGAACUUCUACCGCACGGGGAAACUGCACAUGAUGGAGGAGAUGUGCGCCCUUUCCUUCGGCCAGGAGUUGGACUACUGGGGGAUUGACGAGAUCUACCUGGAGUCCUGCUGCCAGGCGCGAUACCACCAGAAGAAGGAGCAGAUGAACGAGGAGCUUCGCAGGGAGGCGGAGACGAUGAGAGAUAGAGAGGGCGAGAUAGAGUUUGAUAACACCUGCUGCCCCGACAAGAGGAAGAAACUGUGGGAUCUCCUGGAGAAACCCAGCUCCUCUGUGGCUGCCAAGAUUCUGGCCAUCAUCUCGAUCCUCUUCAUCAUCCUCUCCACCAUCGCUCUCUCUCUCAACACUUUACCGGAUUUGCAGGUGAUGGAUGAGUUUGGUCAGGCGAGCGAUAACCCUCAGCUGGCUCACGUGGAGGCGGUGUGCAUCGCUUGGUUCACCAUGGAGUAUCUCCUCCGUUUCCUCUCCUCUCCCAACAAGUGGAAGUUCUUCAAAGGCCCGCUGAACGUCAUCGACCUGCUGGCCAUCUUGCCGUACUACGUCACCCUCUUCCUGACGGAGUCCAACAAGAGCGUGCUGCAGUUUCAGAACGUGCGCCGCGUGGUGCAGAUUUUCAGGAUCAUGAGAAUAUUGAGGAUCCUGAAGCUGGCCAGGCACUCCACGGGCCUCCAGUCUCUGGGCUUCACCUUGAAAAGGAGCUACAACGAACUGGGUCUGCUCAUCUUGUUUCUCGCCAUGGGCAUCAUGAUAUUCUCCAGCUUGGUGUUCUUCGCUGAGAAGGAUGAAGACGCCACGAAGUUCACCAGCAUCCCCGCGUCGUUCUGGUGGGCGACCAUCACGAUGACCACGGUGGGAUACGGGGACAUUUACCCACAGACGUUACUCGGUAAAAUAGUCGGAGGGCUUUGCUGCAUUGCAGGAGUCCUGGUGAUCGCUCUGCCCAUCCCCAUCAUUGUGAACAACUUCUCUGAGUUCUACAAGGAGCAGAAGAGGCAGGAGAAGGCCAUAAAGAGGAGGGAGGCGCUGGAGAGAGCCAAGAGGAACGGCAGCAUCGUGUCAAUGAACCUAAAAGAUGCCUUUGCGCGCAGCAUGGAGCUGAUGGACGUGGUGGUGGAGAAAGGAGAGGACAAAACCUCCCUGGAGAACCACAUGUCGCCCGAACGCUGGGGCAGCACCACCAGGCACGCCUCCUCCGAGUCAGACCUGAAAUCUCCAGCGAACCAAAACCCAGAGAUGCAGAAUUCGCCUCAACACAUCACCGUCAACACCACAGGGAGUCCGCAGAGGAUUAACCGCACCCCGCAGCACCUGAAUGUGCAGAAACUGGAGGAGAUGUACAACCAGAUGGGCAAAUCCCAGUCUCUGAGCAACCUCAACAGCUCCAUGAGCACUUUGAGCACGACGGCGCCCGUGUCCCCGAGGAAACCUCAAAGCCCCGACGCUACUUUAAAAGAGGAAGUAGAGCUGGAGAUGACGGAGGUGCAGCCCUGCUCGUCCGACAGAAAAGACUCUAAUUACAAAAAGGAAGAUACUGGGCCGUGUCGACUCAGGCACCCGAGGGCACCACCGUAUCUGGAUCUCAGCAAAUUAAGGUCCAUGGAUGAGGGCGUCAAACUCAAAGAUGGCCUCUACGAAUCCGCAGGUGACGGGUCAGAGCUUCUAAAGGAGGAGAGCUUUAAAAACAGCGCUUUGGAGUCUGCUUCGAGGGGGAAUAACCCUCUCAAAAUAAAAGGUUUGAACGCCAACUUCCCCAAAUCGCCCGCUGAAGGUCCGUUGACUCCGCCCAGCACUACGUCUCCUGGAGACAUUAGCUCCAGCAUUUUGGAGGACGAGACCCCGGACGGAGAGACGUCUCCUCUCAUCCCCAGCACCGAAGAACUGCUUCCCAUUUCAGAGGAGGAAACAUGUCCUCUGACGCCCAAAAGGCUGGUGGUAGACACUCCACCGGGUGAUGAAGAUCAAUCCACGGAAAACCACGAGGAAAAGCAUCUGAUGGAGGUUGCAGGCGCUUCAGUUUCACCUUUGUCGCCCAAUUCAGCACAAAAUUGCGCCCAAGGAGAGGAAGUGAAGGCUGAAAGCAACCAGAAUGGACACAAAGUAGAGAACCACAUGUUUACAUCCGAUAUCCACCUGAUACCGGGGGAUGGCAGUCUGUCUCCGAGCUGCGAAACCAGCAUGUGACUGUAGAGAAAGCUUCCCAUUGGACAAAAAGACCCACUGCAACCUCAGCCCGGCAGACAGGAGAAAAGACACGGGUGCAGUCGUAGUGAAAGAUAUUUUUGCAUGGCAUGACAAGUCCCUUUUACUUGUGUCGUUGUGUAUUGCUGAAAAAGAAAACUGCAGUGCUGCGUGCAGAAUUUGGAAGACUUUUUGGGGCUUGAAGAGGAGGCUCUGGAGGGAAUUCAUCAACUUAAAUGUAGACACUUUUCUCCUCCCGAUGUACAUAAUGACCGUCUCCUUUUUCUAGCAAAAGAAGGAAAUGCACAGAGGGACUUAUCUGUAAAAAGCAUGCAUUUAAAAAAAAGACAUAUAUUUUACGGUGCUUAGUUUGCUGAAAGCGCUC